AUGGUCCUCGCUGAUCUUAGUCAACGUCUGUCAUCAGCAUUACAACAUUUAAGCAAGGCAACAAUUAUCAAUGAACCAGUUUUCGAUGAAACCUUGGGAAAAAUUUGUCGAGCUCUAUUAGAAGCUGAUGUCAAUAUUCGUUUAGUUAAAAGAUUACGUGAAAACGCUAAACAAGCAAUAAAUUUAGAAGAAAUAGCUGUUGGUCUAAAUAAACGUCAAUUAAUUCAACAAGUUGUUGUUACAGAGCUUGUUCGAUUAAUUGAUUCUGAAGUUAAAUCAUGGGAACCAGUUAAAAAAAAAUCUAAUAUUGUUAUGUUUGUUGGUUUACAAGGUAGUGGAAAAACAACAACAUGUACAAAAUAUGCUUAUCAUUAUAUGAAACGUGGUUGGAAAACAGCUUUAGUAUGUGCUGAUACAUUUCGUGCUGGUGCUUUUGAUCAAUUACAACAAAAUGCAACAAAAGCACGAAUACCAUUUUAUGGCAGUUAUACAGAAAGUGAUCCAGUAGUAGUUGCUAUGAAUGGUGUUGAAAUAUUUCGUAAAGAUAAGUUUGAAUUAAUUAUUGUUGACACAAGUGGUCGACAUGCACAAGAACAAUCAUUAUUCGAAGAGAUGCUGGAAAUUUCAAAUAGCAUCAAACCGGAUAAUAUCAUUUUCGUAAUGGAUGCUAGUAUUGGUCAAGCUUGCGAAUUACAUGCGCAAGCAUUCAAAUCAAAAGUUGAUAUCGGCUCAGUUAUUGUUACUAAACUUGAUGGUCAUGCUAAAGGUGGUGGAGCUCUUAGCGCGGUUGCUGCAACAAAAAGUCCAAUUAUAUUUAUUGGUACAGGUGAACAUAUUGAUGACUUUGAAGUAUUUAAAACGAAACCAUUUAUUAAUAAAUUAUUGGGUAUGGGUGAUAUGUCAGGUUUACAUGAUAAAAUCAUUAGUUUGCAUUCGGAACACGAUAAACCAUUUAUUAUAAAUGCAAAACACGUAUACGCUUAUUUAGGUCAAUUUACAUUGCGAAAUAUGUAUGAACAAUUUCAAAAUAUUGUGAAAAUGGGUCCACUUGGACAAGUUAUGAGUAUGAUUCCUGGCUUUGGCACAGAAUUUAUGUCAAAGAGUGAUGAACGAGAAUCACAAGCCCGUUUAAAAAAAUUCAUGUGUAUCAUGGACAGUAUGAAUGAAAAUGAACUUGAUCAUUUUGAUGGAGCAAAGCUUUUUAUAAGCCAAUCUAGUCGCUAUACUCGAGUAGCACGUGGUGCCGGUGUAUCAGUACGUGAUGUAGAAGACUUAAUAUCGCAAUAUUCGAAAUUUUCAAAAGCGAUGAUACAAAUGCAGAGUAUGAAAGGUUUAUCUGAGUUUGGCAAUAUGAAGAAAAAUAUUAAUUCAACAAACAUACAAAAAUUAACAAGUCAAAUGAGUAAAUUAGUUGAUUCAAGAAUAUUAAAUCAUAUGGGUGGUACAUCGGGUUUAUCAUCGAUGAUAAGACAAUAUCAACAAGGUAGUAGGAGAGAUAGGUUAUUAAGUGACGAUGAAUAA